AAGAAGAGGACAGAGAGAGAGAGUUGGGGGGUUGGGGAUUUCCAUGUUUAGACCUGGCCGGCUCCUCAUACAUAAACACUGCUGACUGGUCACAGGCAACCAGAGUCCUACUGUAUACAGGCUCUGUAUACUCAGUCAUGGAGAGGAAUACGUGCUCAGCUCAGACUUCUGUACAGUUGACUCAAAAAACCAGUAAACCUGGGACAUCCAAUGGACUUGAUAAGCUGAGUCGUUUGGAACAGCUAGAGCCAGAGGAGUCACUGGACAGAGAGGACCCCCGAGAAUACUGCCAUGGGGGGUACCACCCUGUUCACAUUGGAGACACCUUCAACAGGAGAUACAAGGUUCUGUCUAAGUUGGGCUGGGGAUACUUCUCCACUGUAUGGCUCUGCUUGGACCUCAGGUUCAUUCACUAUGUUGCUGUGUUGGGCAGGCGAGUGGCCGUGAAGGUUUUGAAGAGUGGAGAAGGAUUCACACAGGCUGGGCAAGACGAAUUGACUCUGCUACGCUGUGCCAGUGGUCCCACUGCUCGUCACCUCCAAAGCCGGAGGAUAGUCCAACUGCUGGAUGAGUUUAAGAUAGCUGGGGUCAACGGGGUUCAUGUAUGCCUAGUGCUGGAGCUGCUGGGACCAGACCUCCGGUGUUGGCAAGUCUGUUUUGGAAACCCAGGGCUAUCGCUGUCUUGGGUCAAACAGGUCAUUGCUCAGGUUCUUCAGGCAUUGGACUACCUGCACACUCAAUGUAAAAUCAUCCACACGGACAUCAAGCCUGAGAAUGUACUGUUAUGUUUGGAGGAGCAGAACCCAAAACAGACAGCAGGGGGCAGUGCCUGUCCAUACCCUGGGAAAGAUGCCAAGUCAAGGAGCACAGCAGAGAAGGACCUGGUCACUCCCAUCAGUCUGAAGGAAAUCACAGUAAAGAUUGCUGACCUGGGAAGCUCCUGUUGGGUGUACAAACAUUUCUGUGAGGAAAUCCAGACCCGUCAGUACCGCUCACUAGAGGUUCUAUUGGGCUCUGACUAUGGCCCACCAGCAGACAUCUGGAGUGUAGCCUGCAUGGCUUUUGAGUUGGUCACUGGGGAUUCAUUAUUUGAGCCCAAAGCUGGGAAGACCUUUUCUUUAGAGGAAGACCACAUCGCUCACAUAAUAGAGCUCCUUGGCAAAGUCCCAGCAGCAGUAGCCUUGUCUGGCAAGUAUUCCAUGGAGUACUUCAAUCGCAAAGGACUCGGGAGAGGCGAAGGUCGAGAGACAUGCGUCCUCUGAAACACGACCCUGCCAAGCCGCACUGCUUCUUGACACACUGCUGUCCAUACCCUGGGAAAGUUGCCAAGUCAAGGAGCACACCAAUGUGUCGGAGGAAACACCGUCCAGCUGGGAACCGAAGUCAGCUUGCAGGCGCCCCACCCGACACCAUGAGUCGCUAGAGUGCAAUGAGACAAGGAAAACCUGGCCGGCCAAACCCUCCCCUAACCUGGACGACGCUGGGAGAUUUGUGCACUGCCUCAUGGGUCUCCUGGUCACGGCCGGCUGUGACACAGCCUGGGUUCGAACCAGGAUCUGUAGUGAUGCCUCAGACCGCUGCGUCACUCGGGAGGCCCCCUUGCAGAUGCUCAUUUUGACAAAUCAUAGUGUACUUUUUUUGUGAAGUCAAACCUACAAAGAAUGCAUUUUCUUUCCAAGUCACAAAGCUCUCUUUUAUUUACCUCCACUGUCUUUCCUCCUCUCUAUCAUGUGUUCUCCCAGGUGACAUGCGUCAUAUCGGAGUGCUGCGGCCCUGGGGUCUAUAUGAGGUGUUGGUGGAGAAAUACCACUUCAUGCUGAAGGAGGCCUCUCUGUUCUCUGACUUCCUGUUGCAUAUGUUGGACUUCCAGCCGGAGAGGAGGGCUAGUGCUGCCCAGUGUCUCCUGCACCCAUGGCUUAGCUCCUGAACCCUGGCCCUGGAGCCAACUUGAUACCAAGCUAGUAGAUAAAUGUGUUAUAUAAAUGUGUUAUGCAGAGACAAACACAGUGGUGCUGAGUCACUAAGACUACGGG